GAGAUACCUUAAAAAAGACAAGGGAGCCGGAUACCUUCGCGGAUUUGGAAAAAAGUUUACCAAAAUGUGCCACUUAUCAAUUCGGCCCCCGCGGCUCCGCGACCGGCGAUGGCCGACGAGCGCCACCAGAAUGACGCCUCCGCCGCCGUCCAUCGUCGGAAAUGCCGCCUCCGACUCCUCAGGAUCCCACCAUUCCCGAACUGAUCUACAAGUCCUGCCGCACACGCGGGAAGGGGGUGCGGCGGCGGCGGACAUGGCCAUUGGCGACCUCCACAUUCCCUCACGCCCGCUCCCGUUUAAGGCCCAGCUCGUCCCCAAGCCGCUCCGCUUCCACCGCAACCUCACCGCCACCGGGAAGGCCUGUUUUGAGACGCAGCGCAAGCCGUCGUUGGUGGAUCCCUUCCCCGUUGCGCCAAUGAGACAGUGAUACUGCCUCUUCUCCGGUGGCAGCCCACUCCAUGUCUGUGUUGCGGUCGUCGCGGGGGUGAACAGGGGAUCUAGGACUCUGACUGGUUCGCAAAAAGCUGGUGAGGUUUCUGCUCGAUCCCCAAUGCAGAGGACAGUGUGGUGAACAUGUAGUGGACAGUGGUUUUGAUUUUUAGGAAUGACUUAUUUGAUUGUUGCUGCUAUUCUUUUUGUAAUUGUGCGGUAGCAUAGCAAAUUAUCAUCUAUAGGAAUGGUAUAUUUACAUUAUACAUAUCAUAUUUUUA